AUGUACAUUAAAGCCCGUGAAGGUAACGAGCAAGCGAUUAGGGCAAAUCCCCCUCCCGAGAUCGAAAUAAGUGAUUGGCAUUAUCUUCUUAAUCGUCGCUUUCUCACUCCGGAAUUCAAGAUGAUGCGAGAGGAGCGUGAAGCGGAGAAGCUUCAGUCACGGAGAGAGCGCGAAGAAGCCUUACUCAAGCGUCAGAUGGAGCGUGAGGAAGCACAAAGGCAGCGUGAAAUGGAGCGCGAAGAAUUACAAAUGCAGCGUGAAAUGGAGCGUGAAGAAUUACGAAGGCAGCGUGAAAUGGAACGUGAAGAAGCUCUAAGGGAGAGACAACAAUCAUUUGUAGAGCGUGAUAGAAUGCGGGAUGAGAUGCUUGAGAUGAGGGAGACGAUGAACUUUUUAUUAUCCAUGAUUCCCGGUGCUCGCCCUCAACCUCCACCUGCCCCUCCCAUUAGAGAUGAUGCCCCUCCCACUAGAGAUGAUGUCCCUUCCACUUGA